UAAAAUAAUUUUACUAAUCCCACAUCCCAAUCCUGACGCUCAAAACAAGGAUUAAUGUUACGACCAAAACGAGCCGUAACUACAGCAACAGAACAAACUGAGAACCUCAUUCAAAGUUAAAGCUUGAAAGGUUGGAGAUGUCCGAAAACCAAAAUCCCUCCGUAAAAUCAUUCUUUUAUCGGCUGUCAUCUCCCCCACGUGAUUCCUAUCACCCCUUCUCUCCCUCUCCCUUCCGAAUCGUCUUUUCCUUCUCCUCUUUCCCCUCCUUUCUCUCUCUAAAAUCCCACCAUCCCCACUUUCUCUCUUUAACAUUAAUAACAGCCAUCGCCUAUUUCUCUGAUUCGACCAUAAAUGUCUGUAUCUUGCGGCGUUGAAUGGGUAGUCGUUCUCGGUUGUUUACGUUGGGCAUGGAAACGCUGUACCUACGUUGGCUCGGACGACAGUAAAACUUGGCCUUUAGCUACUCCCGACGAGUUCGAACCUGUCCCAAGAGUCUGCCGUAUAACCCUAGCUGUCUACGAAACUGAUCUCAGAAACCCCCAGUUCCCUCCUGAGGGCGGCUACCGACUUAACCCAGACUGGGUUUUGAAACGUGUCACCUAUGAACAGACCAAUGGUUGUGCUCCUCCUUACCUUAUCUACGCCGACCAUGACAUGAAGGAAAUCGUGGUCGCAAUCCGGGGACUCAACCUGGCGAAAGAAAGUGACUAUAAAUUGCUUUUGAAUAAUAGGUUAGGAAUGCAAAUGUUUGAUGGGGGUUAUGUUCAUCACGGGCUGUUGGAAUCGGCGGUUUGGCUGUUGAACGAGGAGAGUGAGACGUUGAGGAGGCUUUGGGAAGAGACUGGGAGGGAAUAUCAGAUGAUUUUCGCUGGACAUUCUUUGGGGUCUGGCGUGGCGGCGUUGCUGACGGUUGUGGUGGUUAAUCAUACUCAUAGGUUGGGUGGGAUUCCCCGGAGUAAGAUUAGGUGCUACGCGGUGGCGCCGGCGAGGUGUAUGUCACUUAACUUGGCUGUCAAGUAUGCUGAUAUUAUUCACUCUAUUGUGUUGCAGGAUGAUUUCUUGCCUAGGACAGCCACCCCGUUGGAGGAUAUCUUCAAGUCAAUAUUCUGCUUGCCCUGCUUGUUAUUUCUUGUUUGCUUGAGGGAUACCUUCGUACCUGAAGGUAGAAAACUUAGAGAUCCAAGAAGACUUUAUGCUCCUGGACGGAUGUAUCAUAUUGUAGAGAGAAAAUUUUGCAGAUGCGGGAGGUUUCCUCCUGAAGUCAGAACAGCCAUUCCUGUAGAUGAGAGGUUUGAACAUAUUGUCUUAUCUUUUAAUGCAACGUCUGAUCAUGGAAUAGUUUGGAUAGAAAGGGAAGCAGAGAAGGCUUUGAAGAUUAUGAGGGAGAAGAAAUCGGAGACGAUGACUGUUCCCCCCAAAAUACAGAAACUGGAGAGGUUGCAGACGAUUAAGAAAGAACACAAAGAUGCAUUGGAAAGAGCUGUCAGUUUGAAUAUCCCCCAUGCCAUAACCACCGGGGAACAACUGUCAGUGAAAGAGGGAACAGAAACCCAAGCCCACAAACGAGAUACCCCAAAACCUAAAGCCGAGUCAAGUUCUAGAGGGACUAACUGGGAUGAGGUGGUUGAAGAACUUUUCACAAGGAGCAAUUCAGGCAACCUGAUUGUAAAGAAGGAUUUAGAUACCCUGCAAAUUCAAUAGCUAAACCUUUUCUUCCCCCCUUUUCCCCAUAUUCUUUUCAUCAUUUUCCUUUGCAUUACCGGUGAAUGUAUAAUUUGAGGUUAAUCUUUUGAGUCUUUUUUUUUUUAUCCCAUUGCAAAUCCUUCUUGUUUGUCCUAGUUCAUACCUUAUCUCCUGUAGAAUGUUUUUUAACAGUUACAUGUAAAACACUGGGUUUGUCACCCAUUGAGAUCAUACUGAUACUACCAUUUAUAAUACUAGAAUUAGAU